AUUAAAGGGGAUGCAUAAACCAGGAAGAUAUGUUUAUUUAUAAAAAUAAAAUGUUACUUUUAUGGUAUUUGAUAGCUGUGUUCUUCACUUAUUCUUUCAAUGCAGUGACCAGCCUGAGUGAAUAUGAUGGAGGUAAACAAAACACAGGUGACAGAGUUUGUUCUCUCGGGGCUUACAGAUCUUCCGGGGCUUCAGGUGCCCCUGUUCCUGGUGUUCUUGGUCAUCUAUCUAACCACCAUGGUGGGCAACCUUGGACUCAUUUUUCUCAUCUGGAAAGACCCCCAUCUUCACACACCUAUGUACUUACUCCUUGGCAGUUUAGCCUUUGCAGAUGCCUGUUCUUCAUCAUCUGUGACUCCCAAGAUGCUAAUUAAUUUUUUAUCUAAGUAUCACAUGAUAUCCUUGGUUGAGUGCAUCACUCAAUUUUACAUUUUUGCCUCCAGUGCAAACACAGAAUGUUUUCUCCUGGCAGUGAUGGCCUAUGACCGCUAUGUAGCCCUAUGUAACCCCUUGCUUUAUCCAGUAGUGAUGUCCAAUGUCUACUGCUUUCAAUUACUAGGUGUUUCAUAUAUUAUCGGGUUUCUUCAUCCCAUGAUGCAUGUUGGUUUGUUAUUUAGAUUAACUUUCUGCAAGUCCAAUGUAAUACAAUAUUUCUACUGUGAAAUUUUGCAACUGUUUAAAAUUUCCUGUACUGAUCCUGGAGUUAAUAUGCUCCUGAUUUUUAUAUUUUCAGUGUUGGUACAAUUUUUCACCUUUAUGACCAUUAUAGUCUCUUACACUCAUGUCUUCUUUGUCAUCCUAAAAGUGAAGCUUGAGAAGGGCAGAAGCAAAGCCUUUUCCACCUGCAGUGCCCACCUGCUCUCUGUUUCCUUGUUCUACGGCACUCUCUUCUUCAUGUAUGUGCGUCCUGGGUCUGACCUCAUUGAAAAUCAGGAUAAAAUGUAUUCUGUAUUUUACACAAUCAUAAUUCCUCUGCUGAAUCCUUUUAUUUACAGUCUGCGGAAUAAAGAGGUUCUAGGUGCCUUGAGGAGAACAAUAAACAAAUAAACAGAUUUAAAGGCAAAUUUCACUUGUUCUUUUCAAACUUUGCACAGUACAAGGUAUCUGGAGAUAUGAAAGUCAGCCCUGUCUUUAUCAUUUUAACAGGGCGCUAGUGUCUAUGGUAGUUUGUGAGUGCUGUGUGAUGAUGAAAGUCAGAUUCAAUGGAUUUUUGUUCAGUGGACGAGCUUUAUAUCACAUAAAGCUAAAUUUCUCAUAAAGAAUAGAACACAUUUUUUAAAAUUAAGCACUUAAGAAGCAACCUAAGUGCCCAUCAGGAAAAGAAUGGCUCAAAAAACUGUGGUACAUUUAUGCAAUGGAAUACUACACAGCAGAAAGAAAGAAGAAGCCCCUACCCUUUGAGAAAGCCUGGAUGGAUCUGGAGAGCAUUAUGCUAAGUGAAAUAAGCCAAGUGGUGAAAG